UGAAAUUUGUCGCCCAGAGAUUGGGAUUUGGCUCCCAGAAGCCCAUUUGUUUCUCCCUCCGUCUCUUGGGAACGAGGGAGAGUUUAAUUCUGCCAGUUGUGUGUUCUCUUGACCUCCCGGGACUGCGAAGCUCUGUGGGCUGAGACCACCUGCGAAGGUGAAAUGUAUUUCCAAGAGCCACCAAUGAUCCCCAUUCACCGCAAACUGGGAGUUUAUGACAAUAUCACCACCACAACCAACGGAACAGAACUGGCCAUGCCCUCCAAACCUAUUGUGUCCGAGCGAUCUGAUAUUUUCCUUGGAAGCAGAGAUGCAGAGUUCUUCCUUCCAUUUAUUCCCACCAAUUUUCAUCCAACAAUGGAAAGAGAAUUUCCGGAGACGAGGGAUUCACAUCUUCCCACUGAACGCAGCAUCUUCAAAGGCUUGCUGGCAACCGUGACAACGUACCACAGUAAUCCCUGGCAAGUGGGCCAUCCGGUUAAACAGGUUCUCCCCAGCAUUGACUUUUUGAUGUCUCCCAAUAAAAUCAAAUGCAGCACAGAUAUCAAACAGCACAAGAAACCUCCAAACAGCAGGACAAAUCCACACAGGCGAGGCCAGAGUGUUCACCUGUGGGAGUUUGUCCGGGAUUUACUGCUGAACCCUACAGAGAACAGUGAGAUCCUGCGAUGGGAGGAUCGGCAGGCAGGAAUCUUUCGUGUAAUUAAAUCCAACACUUUUGCCCAGCUGUGGGGAAGCAAAAAAAACAACAAAGAAAUGAACUAUGAGAAGCUGAGCCGAGCACUGAGACACUAUUACAAAUCUGGAAUCCUGGAACGUGUGGAUGGGAGACUAACGUAUAAAUUUGGAGAGAAAGCUUAUGGAUGGAAAGAAACUUGGAGUCUGUAAAUACACUCAGAGGCUCAGACAUUGAGUUAACCCUUCCUCAGCUGUAAACAAUGACAUGAAGUGAUCUCGCUGACAUGUGAAUGCAGAAAUUCCUACAUACCUCAGUCACAGAAUAUCCCAGGAAUGUUUAGACUUAACCACAACAGAAAGUGCCAGCAAGGUUAAUAAGGGGACCUCUAAUUCUUCAGUGGACUGUACCAGCCUGGUUCUUGAGUGGAUUUCCUGGAUAUUUCCAAUGGGUUAGGCUAACACUGGAGGAUAAAUUGUGUGAGGCUUCAGUAACAGUCAUAAGGUCUCACAGAGUGGAAAAAACGAAUGGAAGUGAGUCCAGGGCAUUUUGAGUGAUCCCAGUUUUCCUGAUAUUGAUUGGAAAGUCUGCCAUUGCACUAGCACUGGUCCCUGCCUGAUUUCCAGUCUGCACUUCCACAAUGGAGUCUCACAAAUAUCCGCUUCUAAAAAUGCAUUGUAACCUCCAAAAUAAAUCAUAAUAGGAAUGGGAGGAGGCCAUUCAGCCCCUUAUCUCAUUCUGUCCAUUCACAGCAAUGUGUAUCUUAAUUCCAUCCCUUCCUCCUAGCAUGAUUUUAGAUACUCCUAAUAGGAGACCUGCUGUUCUGGUAUGUCGAAGUUUUUCUAAGAUUUACUAAGGAACUCAUGUUGUUUAAGGUUCCAGAUUCUUAGCAUUAGUCACUUGCUUUCCUGAGUACCAUGGCUGUGCCCUGGAUGGGUCCCAUGUCUUGCUGUCCUCUCCCCUCUGAACCAUUGCACACCAGCCUCAUCUGCCAUGCCCAAACUUUGUACAUAGGAAAUAGGAGUGGAAAUAGGCCAUUUGGCCCAUCAAGUCUGUUCCAGCAUUCAGUAAAAAGUGAAGUCUGCAGAUGCUGGAGAUCAGAGCUGAAAAUGUGUUG